GCCUGCGCUGGCGUCGAGUUUUGAGACGGCGUCCGUCGCGGCGCCCUAUACCGCUUAGUGACUCCACUCUGCACUCGGAGAGUGAGUACCGGGUGCUGGGCGGGCUGGUUAGGGUCUAUCCGUUCAAAAAUAGAUUCCAAUUCGGUCUUGAGAAAGUGCCGGUUACACUCUGCCACAGUUUAUUAAAUACAGUUCCGGAGUUUUCGGUGAUCGAAAAUCAGAGAAGACAUGAGGGUGAUACGAGCCAGAAGAAUGCUUCCGUCAGACUCGAGUUAACGUCGCAUCGUCGGAUACUUGUUCACUCUGAACCCAGCCAUAAUUCGACUCGCCCGCAUCACGACGACGAGGACGACGACGACGACGAAUACGAACACAGCCAGUCUUAGAGUCGGAGCAGAUCAACGUCCGCCCUGAUGUCUGAUCACCACCUGCAGGCAUGACAUGAUGCCGAAGCCUAUAGCCUCUACAGGAGCACCAGCAUAUUCGACAGUCUUCACUGCCGUGCAGGGCACCCAUCAGCAUCGAAUCAAAUGCCGACAUCUCCAUGUAUGACAUAACUUCGAACCGGACGUCUGGAACUCUAUUAGAGAGCCUUGGGCAUGGGGACCCGGCGGGGGGGUCCCGGGGGCGGCCGGAGCGCCGGAGUCCUGAAGGAGAGGGCGAACAUGUCCUUCAUGUUGGUGGUGAUGUUCUUCGCGGUCUUUGGCCUGAUCGUUCUAACCGAGAUAUUUCUCAUCGACGACAGGCACGGCUCGAAUGUCGGAGGCACGGGAGCACUUGGCGGUCAUAGAAACGGUCACAGAAACGGUCACAGGCUGGUUGCCGCCCCGGACAGACCAGAUUACGAGGAGGUUGGGGCCGAAGAUUACGCCGGAGUCAAGGGUGGCUUUGACGACCACGUUGGCCUCCUUGUCAAAGAUACUGUGGAGGGUGGAAAACCGGUUGCAUCCCUCGCCGAUCCUCGCGGAUUACCCAGCCUUCCUACAAACGUGGAAUCCCGUCUGCCUCACCUCAAUCAAAGCCUGAGACUAACCCACGCCGAUUGGCUAAACGUAACAAACACCAGGUUCAAGUUCUUCGUCUAUUCCGCUUACUACGAUAACCGUGCGAACGGCGGUGAGGGUCCAGGAUUGAUCAGGGUCAUCGGGGCCACCAAAACCAGGGGACCAGAGGAAGUUUGGUGUCGGUUGUGGUACAAUUUGCAUGCAACCGGUAACGCCACGGCAUCUAUUACCGUUGCUGCUAAGGUCAAGACAAUUCGGGAGAAUUGGAACCUCAAGUACAGUGCGACCUUCGUAAUCUGUCCAUUGCCAAAAACGCCUCCAGAAACAGCUGAGGGUCCGGUACCAAACGCAGUUCCAAAUUCGGUUAGUGUUGUGUCGAGGCUGAAAGCCCCGCCAGCUCACAGGAUUCUGAUACAAAAUCGUCCCUCUGACAGGCCGAGUAAAAAGGAGCCUCUUGCUGUCUGCGUGAAGCCGUUGCACUUCGAGUUUAACAGGGUCAUGCAGUUGAUCGAGUUCGUAGAGCUGCACCUACUGCUAGGCGCGACUCACGUGACCCUCUACAACGACACCCUGGGUCAGGAAGCCGGCUGUGUCAUCAGGGACUACGAGUCCCGCUCGGCACCCGGGAGCGAUUAUCCUCUGGUGACGCUACUCCCAUGGCAUCACCUCGACAUGGUUUCUCAGCUCGAGAUACGGACGGAGGGUCUGUUCGCCGCACUUAACGACUGUUUGUACCGGUCCAUGUACCAAUUCGAGUACGUCGCUCUUCUCGACCUCGACGAGUACGUCAUUCCCAGACACAACGACACGAUACCCGAACUCAUAAGGUGGUUAGACAAGAGGAUCAACACCAAGUCAACCGGUGCAUACUCCUUUCAAAACGCGUUCUUCUACCUGCAAUGGGGCGAUGACCCGAGCGUGAAGCAGAGCCAAACAGCCGAGGAAGCUGCGCUGAUAACGCUGAGAAAAACGCGUCGAAAAACGAAACUCCACCCGCACAAACAGCGCUCGAAGUAUAUCUGCAAGCCGGAGAACAUCGUCGAGGCCGGUAACCACUUUGUGUGGGAAUUCGCCCCGGGACACGGGACCGUGAACGUCCCGGCCGAGGCGGCGAUCCUCCACCAUUACAGGGUCUGCGAAUUUGGCGGCGACGACUGCGUCAAGACUCAGUCCGUCGUCGAUAAAACGGCGUACAGAUACGGCCAGGAUCUAGCGAGGAACGUCAGGACGAGGUACGCCGAGCUCAAGGAGAAGUGCUCGCUCCCAGACCUCGAACCCGUUCCUGCAGCCCCGGCGACCCUGACCGAAUCGAAACCCCAAACCUCGCCGCUGAUCCAGCCCGCGAGCAGGUAGCGAAAACCCGAUUUUAUUUCCGAAUAUUACGUGAAAAAUUUCCACGGGACACCGAUAAUCGCGAGGACGUAUUUUUACAGCUAUAAUUACAACGUUGACAACA